AUAAAUUAACAAAAACAAAAAAAUAAAAACGGUCGUUUAGUUUAGAUUUGGUUGCAAAAUAACUGAAAUUCAAGUGAAGUCUAGCAAUGUGUUCUGUCACUCUAACACCUCCACCACUCUCAUUCUCAUUUCAUCACCACCAUAACCUUACCCUUCAAAACAUCAACAACAAAAUCCCCUUUCAUUCAUUUACACCUCCAAAAUCAUCCCACUUAUUCUCUCCCAUAAUCUCAUCACACAAAAAACAACAAAAUGCAUCUAAACAUUUUCACAAUCUUUGCAACACUGGAAACCUCAACCAAGCCUUCAACUUCCUUCAAUCAAAUCUCAACGACGUCGUUUCCUCUUCCAACUCUAAACCCAAACAACUCAUUGGCCUUUUAUUACAAUUAUGCGGAGAAUACAAAAACAUCGAAAUCGGAAGAAAAAUCCACAACUUCAUUUCCACGUCACCACAUUUCCAAAAUGACGUGGUUCUCAUCACCCGCCUUGUCACUAUGUACUCCAUUUGUGACUCUCCCUAUGAUUCCUGUCUAGUUUUUAACGCGUCGCGGAGAAAGAAUUUGUUCCUCUGGAAUGCGCUUCUCAGUGGUUACCUGAGGAACAGUCUUUUCCGCGACGCGGUUUUUGUGUUUGUUGAGAUGAUUUCUUUGACGGAGUUUGUACCGGAUAAUUUUACUUUGCCGUGUGUUAUUAAGGCGUGUGUGGGGGUUUAUGAUGUUAGGCUUGGAGAAGCAGUUCACGGGUUUGCGUUGAAGACGAAGGUUUUGUCUGAUGUGUUUGUUGGGAAUGCGUUGAUUGCUAUGUAUGGGAAGUUUGGGUUUGUGGAGAGUGCUGUUAAGGUGUUUGAUAAAAUGCCUCAGAGGAAUUUGGUUUCGUGGAACUCGGUUAUGUAUGCGUGUUUGGAGAAUGGUGUUUUUGAAGAGAGUUAUGGUUUGUUUAAGGGAUUGUUAAAUGGUGAUGAAGGGUUGAUGCCGGAUGUGGCUACAAUGGUGACUGUGAUACCUUUGUGUGCAAGACAAGGUGAAGUGAGAUUAGGGAUGGUGUUUCAUGGUUUGGCUUUGAAACUUGGUCUUUGCGGGGAAUUGAAGGUGAAUAGUUCGCUGUUGGAUAUGUAUUCGAAAUGUGGUUACUUAUGUGAAGCGCGGGUUUUGUUUGAUACGAAUGAGAAGAAUGUCAUUUCUUGGAAUUCUAUGAUUGGGGGAUACUCUAAGGACAGAGAUUUUCGCGGAGCAUUUGAGUUGUUAAGGAAGAUGCAGAUGGAGGAUAAGGUAAAAGUGAAUGAGGUGACUUUGUUGAAUGUUUUACCGGUUUGUGAGGAGGAGAUUCAGUUUUUGAAAUUGAAGGAGAUUCAUGGUUAUGCUUUAAGGCAUGGAUUCAUUCAGAGUGAUGAAUUAGUUGCCAAUGCUUUUGUUGCUGGAUAUGCUAAGUGUGGUUCUUUGCAUUAUGCUGAGGGUGUGUUUUGUGGUAUGGAGUCGAAAAUGGUGAGUUCUUGGAAUGCGUUAAUUGGUGGUCAUGUGCAGAAUGGUUUUCCUAGAAAGGCUUUGGAUUUGUAUCUUUUGAUGAGAGGUUCUGGCUUGGAGCCUGAUUUGUUUACAAUUGCUAGUCUUCUUUCGGCUUGUGCUCGCCUGAAAUCGUUGUCCUGUGGGAAAGAGAUUCAUGGUUCUAUGUUGCGUAAUGGUUUUGAAUUGGAUGAAUUCAUUUGUAUAUCAUUAGUGUCGCUUUAUGUUCAAUGUGGGAAAAUUUUGUUAGCAAAAUUGUUUUUUGAUAAUAUGGAAGAGAAAAAUUUGGUGUGCUGGAAUACUAUGAUUAAUGGCUUUUCACAGAACGAGUUUCCUUUUGAUGCCCUUGAUAUGUUUCAUCAAAUGCUUUCAAGUAAAAUUUGGCCUGAUGAGAUUUCCAUAAUUGGUGCUUUGGGGGCUUGUUCGCAGGUGUCAGCAUUGCGGCUGGGAAAAGAACUUCACUGCUUUGCAGUGAAAUCUCAUCUCACAGAGCACAGCUUUGUUACUUGUUCAUUGAUAGACAUGUAUGCAAAAUGCGGAUGCAUGGAGCAAUCUCAGAACAUCUUCGACAGGGUACAUUUGAAAGGUGAAGUGACAUGGAAUGUUUUAAUUACAGGAUAUGGAAUUCAUGGACAUGGACGGAAGGCUAUUGAGCUGUUUAAAUCAAUGCAGAACGCUGGCUUCAGACCAGAUUCUGUCACGUUUAUAGCAUUGUUAACGGCAUGUAACCAUGCAGGUUUAGUAGCCGAAGGGUUAGAAUAUCUUGGUCAGAUGCAGAGUUUGUUUGGUAUAAAGCCAAAACUAGAGCAUUAUGCAUGUGUGGUUGAUAUGCUUGGUCGCGCAGGACGAUUGAACGAAGCUUUGGAGCUUGUAAAUGAGCUUCCAGACAAACCCGAUUCCAGGAUAUGGAGUUCGUUACUCAGUUCAUGCAGAAAUUACAGGGAUUUGGAUAUUGGAGAGAAAGUAGCUAACAAGUUAUUAGAAUUGGGACCAGACAAAGCUGAGAAUUAUGUAUUGAUAUCAAACUUCUAUGCUCGACUAGGAAAAUGGGACGAGGUUAGAAAAAUGAGGCAGAGGAUGAAGGAAAUUGGCCUUCAGAAAGAUGCAGGUUGUAGUUGGAUUGAAAUAGGAGGAAAGGUUUCUAGAUUUCUUGUUGGUGAUGAAUCACUUUUGCAAUCAAUGAAAAUUCAGCAAACAUGGAUUGAAUUGGAGAAGAAAAUAAACAAAAUUGGAUAUAAACCUGACACAAGUUGUGUUCUUCAUGAACUAGAAGAAGAUGAAAAAAUUAAGAUACUUAGGAACCAUAGUGAGAAGCUUGCAAUUUCAUUUGGUUUAUUAAAUACAGCAAAAGGCACCACAUUGAGAGUUUGCAAAAAUCUACGCAUUUGUGUAGAUUGUCAUAAUGCUAUUAAGUUAGUAUCAAAGAUUGAUAAAAGGGAAAUUAUUGUAAGGGACAACAAGAGGUUUCAUCAUUUCAAAAAUGGAUUUUGUAGCUGUGGAGAUUACUGGUAAUUGAUGGUCUAUGUUGGUUUUUAAUCAUUGAUUACAUCACUGAAGUGAAGGGCCACUGGAAUUAUGUCAGAUGCAUAGCUCAUUGCAAUUGAUUAGGAUUGCAUUUGCAAUUAAAGUAACACUACAUAAAUUGUACAAUUAAAACCAUAAGGUAAACAGAUUUUAUCCA